ACUCUUCACUCUUCACUCUUCACUCUUCACUCUUCACUCUUCACUCUUCACUACACCCCAUCUUUUCGUCCUCGAUCGAACGGGCUUGUACAUAGUCUCGAUCCCAAGAUAUUUCCCCUAUGAGGAACGACACAGCAUACAGCGGAAUACGCAAAAGUCGCAGGCCCCGGUCCCGGACAUUCGUCGCCCUCGCCCUCGUCGUCCUCAUCUCUGCCUGGGCCCUCCUCAGCAACAUCAGCGCCCUCGACCUCGACUUUAGCUAUCUCUCACCCUCAUCCUCCCCCUCCCCCUCCCCCUCCCCCGCAGAUCGGCACCAACUACAGCAACAAGGUCUCCAUGAGGAGCACAUUGAUGAGAAGGAUGAGAACCAUGUAGAAUAUAAACUCACAUAUCCCUCAACUCUUGGACCUCUUGAGCCCGCUGUCUCCUUACUCGACCCCAACACCAAAUACCUCUCCUACUUACCCUUUGCUGGACUCACCAACCAGUUCAUGGCCUUCGAGGUCGGAGCCCUCCUCUCCCGGAAGCUCAACAGAACCCUCAUCCUCCCACCCAUUAUUUCCAACUCGCACGAUCACGAUAAUACACACCAACGUUGGUCCAACUACUUUGAUCUACCGAGAUUCACACACCUCUCGGGCGUGCCUGUAGUCGAAUGGGAUCUUAUUCGACCCUUGACUGCAACUCAACGGAUCAUCGGGCGCGAUCGGGCAAUUGUGGAUAAGACUAGAACCGCUGCUGGAGAGCAUGACUAUGAGCUCGUGUUGAAGGCCUGGGAUCAAGUUGCCGAGAACCUGACCUGCCAUAUCGUUUAUGGAUUUGGAGGGCCGAAUCUCGAAAUUAAUUAUUCGGCCCAGAACUUUCAGAGGCAUUUCUUGUUCCGACUGAUCUUCCAGCAACCACCGCCAUUGAAACCUGGAAUGACGGUCUACAACAAGACAAAGCUGACAGGCCUCACCACGGGACUCGACGACUUGGUCGCAAUAGAUGACUUGUUGGCGCGAUACGCCGAUAACGAGGACCAUGUGUUGAUGCUCAGCAAUACCUUCAAGCUCAAGGACCCUGGGCAUAUAGGCCGAAUCUGGAACGAGAUUGGGAAGAACAUCCAUUUCGUACCGCAAAUAAUGGAGUAUGUGACUGAGAAGAUCAACGAGGAGCUGCAACGCGAUCAGGGAAUCGUCGUUAUCGCCAACGACGAUCCCGAGGAAAAGGUGUUCCCGGAAUUGGAGGUUCCCAUCGAGAUGAACCUCCCCGAGAACCUGAAUGAAAACGCAACAGAGUCCGGAGUGAUCGCCAACCCAGCGGCGGAGAAUAUCACAGCACCCCUGACACGGAUCCCCCAUAUCGCUCUGCAUCUGCGUAGGAGCGACAUCGGUUCGAAAUGCACCGAUACGACCAUGGACUCGUGUUUGGUCCCAUUCGAGCACUACAUCGACGCCGUGGCCCGCGCACGGACGGCCGCCGCAAAACGCGGACUCGUCUCCCGACUACCCGUCGUCGUGACUACAGACACAACCUCCGAGCACGAUUUCCAAAAGAUCCAGGAGCUGGGAUGGCAUCGACUCGAUCAUGAGAAGUAUGGGACCGCAAAGUUGUGGGGCCCAUUCGGACCGGCCUUGAUCGAUGCGGCGGUGCUGGCACACGCGGACGAAUUAGUUGGGAGCAAAGCGUCGACGAUGUCGAAGAUUGCGGCAUCGAGGCAGAGGGCCUGGUAUGGCAGGGAGGCCUUGUAUCCGAUCUUGAAUAGGACACAGAGGAAGGCGCGGAGGAGAUCGAUGGCGGCGACACAGGAGGGAGAGGAGGAGGCGGUAGAAGAGAGCUGGGAUGAGGACGUUCGUAUCGUCUAUUAGGAUCGUCUUUUUUUGUCUCUCACUUUUUUUAUAUUAUUCUUUUGCAGCAUAUUACCCAGCACACACCACACACAUAGCACAUCAUACACACGAACUCUUAUGACAAUUUUUCAAAUGACGCCAAUCACGGCACCAAAAAGCACACCAUUGAAUAAAUGCACA